CACCAUUUCACCUCCGCUUUAAAUUUCGCUCUCCUGCUAAAUGGAACCGUCAUUUACACAUGAUCGAGAUGGUACGGAGCAAUCGCAGAUAAGAUCAUCGUCUAUGCCUGAAGACGAAGAGUCCACCGUCUAUAUGGCAUGUCUUAUGCAUGGACACAGGAUUGGAGUUUCCUAUUACGAUGCCAGUACACGCCAACUCCAUGUGCUGGAAAUCUGGGAAGAUGGAAGUCAUGAUUUUUCCUUGAUUGAUAUGGUUAAAUAUCAGGCUAGGCCUGGAACAAUCUAUACCAGUACUAAAAGUGAGGAAUCUUUCUUGGCAGCCUUACAGAGAAGUGAUGGUACAAGUGACGCUCCUUCUGUAAAGCUUGUGAAAAGUUCAGUUUUCAGCCAUGAGCAAGCAUGGCAUAGAUUGAUGUACCUUCAAGUCACAGGGAUGGAUGAUGGUUUGAACAUAAAAGAGAGAACUGCUUUUGUGAGUCAAAUGUUUACUGCCUCAACUCAGUAUGCAACUUUAUAUUAUCUGAAUACGUGUUUCUUCUUGUUGACACGAGGAGUGCUUUUACAGUAGGUGCUAUUUUGUUGUUUCUGCCAAAUAAUGAUGCCUUAUGGCUGUCACCUUGGUUUGAGAACUUCCUGAGACAAUAAAAUCUCCUGUACAAUCGUAGCAAUUACAACUGAGAAUAGUAUUUAAGAGCAUUUAAGAGCAUAUAUGUGUGUGUGUAUGUGUGUGUGUAUAUUUAUAUAUAUAUAUCUCCUAGUGAAUGGUCAUGGAUGUGGCUUCUACAGUCUAUCUUUUAGCAAAGUGGGGACAACACUUGAUUGAGACUUUCUAUACUUUCUAUUGAAGUGGACUAGGGGAGUGCUAAGGUUCAUAGUAACUCAUUUUACUUAUAAAAAGAGGUGCAUAGUAACGCAUCCACAAUGCUAUUUUCAGAUCCAUGUCCGACGAGCAUUUCUGGAAGUACAGUAUUAACUUUAAUGAUUAAGAGCAAGAAAGAAUGAGAAAUAACCUCUACCUUCUUUAUUGUUGUUGACUUGGUGUACGAUAUUUGGAAACACUGUCUUGGUUGUCAUUGCCCAAAAUCUGCCCUUCUAUAGGAUACAUGCCCCCGAAAGAGAAAUAAAAGGAGAAGACAGCUCUCGAAGGAAACAUGACUUGGAUAUAAGCAGGAUGGUCAUAUGGGUUUCCAGAGCCAUGAUGUCAUCAUUUACCAAUUACAGUUUUUUUUUUUUUUAACAUAGUUAGAAAGUUCUUACCCGGAAUAAAAUAACGUUGAAGAAAACAAAGAAUUAUGCCUUGAAGGAUGCUUACCGGAAAGCAUCUUUAUCUUCAGCAUAUGCUUGGGUGUCCUGCUUUCUGAUAAGAGCUGUAGGAAAUCAUCUGUUCUUUGACAAUACAAUUGUAUUGGUUGUCAUUGACACAUGGAUUAAAAUGAUUUGGGUUCAUUGAAUGGUAAAAAAAUUCAGUUGAUUAUUGGGAUUGCUAGAAUCAUUUGUCAAGUGUUACAUAUUUCCAUUUUUUCAAAUUGUUGAUUUACAUUGGUAUAAGAACCUUGGUACACAGAUGCUCACAACUUCAUCAUCUGUGCUCAUCAAGCUAAUAUUGCUGGAUGUAGUUCCAAUUCGUUUUCCCUGAUCUGGUAGAACUUCAAAAUAUAAUCUGGAGUUAUUGGCUCCAUGAUGAGGGAAUUAUACCAUUUGCAAAUAUUAUGAGUUAAACUACGUUGUGGAUGAGGUUUUAUGAAGAACAGGUGACAUACUCAAUUUUUAGUCCAGAAGUCCAUACACCAAUCUUUACGGCUUACUUCUAUCUCCGCCAACUUUG